GCGGGUGCGUUCCGCUGCACUUCCGGCGCGCCGCUCUGCCGGGCGGUCUGUGCUGCCGCGGCGGGCUCGGGUGAGCGGCCUCCCCGCGGCCCCGUGGGGCCGGGCUCUCCGCCGCCGGCACCGGACGGCUGCCGGGGCGCCCCUCGGGCGGGCUGAGGGGGCUCGGCAAGUCGCCCCCCCCGCCGCCGCCUGAGGAGGCGGGCGAGGGGCCGGGCGGGGCUGAGGCAGCGCGGCCGCCCUGUGGGUGCAGGCCGUGCCCUGUGGGAGGCCGUGGGGCGCUGCCCGGGGCGCUGCCUGCCCCCUGCCCCACUGACCCACUGCCUGCCGCCUGACCCAUUGCCUGCCGCCCCCAGGAGCUGCCCGCGCCGCUGCCAUGACCAGGUGGGCCCGCCGGAGCGGCGCGCCCGGCGAAAAGGCGCUGGCUGCCACCCCCUGGGAGCAGAUGGUGGCGCCGGGGGGCCGCCCCGUCCCUCUCUGCCUGAAGAAGGAGCAAGAGAAGAGGAAGAAGAAGAACAGAAAGAAAAAGGAUUAUCUGAACGAAGACGUUAACGGGUUUGCGGCGUUCCUGAGGCAGAGCUCGGCGGGUGGCGAGGCGGCCGAAGCAGCCGGCUCUGGGCUGGACAAGGAGGUGGCCAUAGCCUUGAAAAAGGACAAGCGGCGGGAGAGUAGGAGGCUGAAGAGGCAAGAAAUGAAGAAAAAUGCCAUGGUAUGUUUCCACUGUAGAGAACCUGGCCAUGGUGUUGCUGAUUGCCCUGCAGUACUUGAAAGUCAAGAUAUGGGUACAGGAAUCUGUUACCGGUGCGGAUCCACAGAACAUGACAUCAGCAAAUGCAAAGCAAAAGUAGAUCCAGCGGUUGGGGCAUUUCCAUAUGCAAAAUGUUUCAUCUGUGGUGAGAUGGGGCAUCUGUCAAGGUCAUGUCCAGAUAAUCCCAAAGGAUUGUAUGCUGAAGGUGGUGGAUGCAGACUUUGUGGAUCUGUGGAGCACUUCAGAAAAGACUGUCCGGAAAAACAGAAUGCGGAUCAGGUUACGGUUGGACGAUGGGCCAUUGGAAUGAGUGCAGAUUAUGAAGAAAUUGCAGAAACGCCAAAGGUGCAGAAACCAAAAGUGAAAGUACCCAGAGUUGUGACGUUUUGAAGGCCUCUGCUCUAACCUGUGGUUAGCCUGCACUGCUGCACUCCAGAGUAGUGACUACACAGAGUGGAUUGCUGGUUCCAGAAGAUCAAGCAGAUUGCUGCUGCUAAACUUUUUUUUUUUGUUCCCCCUUGUUUUUCCAGUUUGCCUCCCAGACUCACCUAGCUUACUGAAAAGCUGGGAACAACAAAAGUACAGCAAGUGGAUAUUUUAUUUUUUCAUAUCUGCCAGAAUACAGCAUUCCCUCUGAUUCACGUUCUCCCUUACUGCUAGCUGUAUGAAGAGGGAAAUUGGCUGCUUCUUGUAACAGGGACCUGGCUGCAGUAAUCAAACUGGGAAUGUGUGUUUUAUCAUGGGGUUUAUGACCACUGGAUUUCAGUGGUCAGUGUUGUCACCUUAAGAGCGCUGCUUUUAGUUAUCAGAGGUGAAUACAAUUACACUGAUCUUACUAAGACUGUUUCUUUGUUUCUCUGAAAGGGAUUGUGGGUAUUUUCUAAAGAGUCUUAUGUUCUGGUUGGGUUUUACCUUCUCCUUUUAGAAAUAAUCAGGCCUUCUGAAGGCUUCAGCCUGCAUUACAGAGUAAUAAACAACAGCCCUGAGGGAAAGCACACGGCGAUAAAGCUAUUGCUGCUGAAGAAUUAAUUCACCCUUUCAAUGACAGUGGCCUGAUGGCCUUUGUGAGAACACAGAAGGAACACCAGGUAGCAAACGAGAGGUCAGGACCGAGUUCUGAGGUGCUUAGGACCAGCCACUGCAGCCACUGAAACCAUAGGUUUGGAACAUACUUUUCUUACAGCAAAAAACAAAUACAGGAGUUCAAUUGUUCAGAUAUAUUUUAUAUUUGUACUUUUUAAUUAUUUUUAAUAAAACACUGCUGAAGAAUA